AUGGUGCAGCGUGCUGCCGACGCUGCGGGCGUCAGCCUGGGCCCCAUUGGCCUCACCAUCGGCAGCGAUCUGAAAAACAUCAGCCUGGAUGAGGAGGAGGGCAGCAGCAGUAAUGGCAGCGAGCCCAGCACACGGCCCAAGAGCUACGCCAGCUUGACCACCGCUGAGUGGCGGGAGCUGUAUGAGAAGGAGGGCGCGGUGGACCUGUGGGUGCAGGAAGAGUUCAACUCGGGGUCGCGCCUUGUUGGCGGCAGCGCAGUGUACCGCGGCGGCGUGGCGGGGCAAGGGUCGGGCGAGGGCCCUGGCGCCAGCAGUGCCCAGUCCUUCAAGGUCAAGAUCAUCAACCACUAUGCCGAAGAGGAGGUGGAUGUGGAGGUGCCAGAGGACAGGUACAUUUUGUGGGCGGCGGAAGAGCAGGGCUAUGAGCUGCCCUACGCCUGCCGCCUGGGCUGCUGCACCUCGUGCACAGUCAAGGUGAAGGAGGGCGAGAUGUUUCAGCCGCACAGCCUGGGCCUCAGCAAAAGCCUGCGGGACCAGGGCUAUGCACUGAUGUGCGUGGGCUACCCAUUGAGCGACCUCGUGUUGGAAACGGUGCCAGAGGAUGAGGCGUAUGAGCUGCAGUUUGGACAAACUUUUGCCGAGCGGGCGGUGGACCCCAAUGCGCCCUCUGUGGAGCGUGACGAUUUUGCCAUUGAGCUGGCCAUGCUGGACGAGUGAUCGUCUUUGUGCGACGGCCGCUGGGGCACCUGGCGCCCUUCUUGUUGUUUGUCCACCCUUUGCUUCCUCUUUGUGUGCACAUUGGCCUCGUUCCAUUCUGUCCGUAUGACCCUGCCUGCUGCAUGUUGCCUAAAGUUUUACAUUGGGGCUCAUCCAUGAUCAGGGCUCGCCUCUUCCGACUGCUUCCCUGGGAGCCCAUGUAAUCAGUGCUGCC